AUUUUUAUCUAUAUAUGACACCCAUGCCGGCAGCAUACCUAAUUCUAACCCAUAGGAACUGAUCAUAUUUUCCUUUUCCAGCAAUACAUAAACGUUGUUUACAUAACUCUCUCUCUCUCUCCAACCAAUCUGAGAGACGCGUGCGUGAACGAAAUGACGAACUACGGCUCCAUUCCGACGUCGUCUCACCCAUCUCCCCCGAUAGAUCUCGAGUACAUCUCACACGUCAAGCACCGCAUCAAAUCAGGUCUCGCCACGCGCCGCCCAUGGAAAACGAUGUUCGAUACCGAGUCCAUGACUCUCCCCCACGGUUUCUUCGACGCGAUCUCGAGAAUCAAGACGAAUCUCGUCUACUUCAGAGCCAAUUACGUCAUCGCCGUCCUCGUCAUCCUCUUCCUAAGCCUUCUCUACCACCCGACCUCCCUCCUCGUCUUGGCAAUCCUGGUCGUCUUCUGGAUCUUCCUCUAUUUCCUCCGCGACGAGCCUCUCGUUGUCUUCGGUCACCAGGUGGACGAUCGGACGGUCAUGAUCUGUUUAUCGGUUUUGACUAUUGGUAUGCUUUUGUUCACGCACGCGACGGGGAAUAUUCUCGGAUCGCUGUUGACUGCUGUUGUGUUGGUUCUGAUCCACGCGGCGAUUAGAAGGAGUGAUAAUUUGUUUCUUGAUGAGGAAGCUGCGGCGGUGACUGAAACUUCUGGGCUGAUGUCAUACCCUUCCUCGUAGAAAUACCAUUUGAUAUUUGUGUGUGAGGUUUUGUGUGUGAUUGAAAACGUUUUCUUCUUCAGUUUGAAUUUGUUGAUAACUUGCAAUGUUUCCUUCGUGUUUUUUCAUCCAAUGGUGGUUUGUUUUGUUAAUUACUUGGUUUAGUCAUAAUUACUUUGGUUUAGGCAUCAAAUUCAUUUACUUGAUUUGAUCUCUGACUUCCAAUAAACGCAGCACCAAGACCAGAAACACUGCCUGAGAGAGUGUGUUCGACUUGAGAAUGAAUGCGAACGUGUUUGAAGACUGGUGUGAUUUAAUUUACCUGAGACUAGCCAAUUUGGAUCUCUGGGUAUAUAGACACUGAAGCUGUUUGAAA